UAUUUCGAAAUGUAUUGUUGAAUUAUGGAUAUGUUUAAACCAAAAUUACUGACUUUAUCAAGCCCAUAAAAAAAGUCUCGACUCUAUAAAACGCCAAGUAUUUUUAGCUUACUGCAGAUAAGACUAAAGAGUGAGCAUAAAUAAAUCUCGACAAGUGCAAUAAAAUUCAGUUUACCACCAAAAUUGUACCAAUUAAAUCGUAAAAUCUGUUAAAUUCAACUAAGAGUCUUUACGAAAUGGGGUCACUGAAGUUGCUCGGUUUACUGCUGAGUGUGAUCCUUUGGGUUGUAGAAUGUCAAGGAGCAACGCAGUCCACAAAGCCAAAUAUUAUAAUCAUACUCAUAGAUGAUAUGGGCUUCAAUGAUGUAAGUUUCCAUGGCUCAAAUCAAAUUCUUACGCCCAACAUCGAUGCUUUGGCCUAUAAUGGCAUUAUACUAAAUCGUCAUUAUGUGCCCAAUCUCUGCACACCCUCGAGGGCAACGCUGCUCACCGGAAAGUAUCCCAUACACACAGGCAUGCAACACUUUGUGCAAAUUCCCGAUGAACCUUGGGGUCUUCCCUUGAGUGAGCGUCUUAUGCCGCAGUUUUUCCGGGAUGCAGGCUACGCCACGGAGUUGAUUGGCAAAUGGCAUUUGGGAUUCUGGCGUCAGGAUCUGACGCCCACAAUGCGUGGCUUUGAUCAUCACUAUGGCUACUACAAUGGCUACAUCGACUACUACGAUCACACGCAUCACAUGCUGGACAAGAACUAUUCUUCAGGUGUAGAUUUCCGCCGGGAUCUUAAGCGUUGGCAUCUCGACAAUGGAACUUAUGCCACAGAGGCAUUCACAAACGAGGCAAGACAUGUGAUCGAGCAACAUGAUCGCAGUCGUCCGCUCUUCAUGGUGCUCAGUCAUCUGGCUGUGCACACGGGCAACGAGGAUCAACCGAUGCAGGCGCCUCCCGAAGAGGUGGCAAAAUUCUCUCACAUCUCCGAUGCUAAGAGACGCACUUAUGCGGGCAUGGUUUCCAGUCUGGACAAGAGUGUUGGGCAGACGGUUCGUGCUUUGGCUGAUCGUGGAAUGCUCAACAACAGUAUCGUGCUGCUCUACUCGGACAAUGGCGCUCCCACAGUUGGCAUUCACUCGAACUCUGGCUCCAAUUAUCCCUAUCGUGGCCAAAAGGAAUCCCCCUGGGAAGGUGGCAUACGUUCAGCCGGCGCCAUCUGGAGUCCAUUGUUGGAGCAACGUGGCUACGUCUCCAAUCAAGUGAUCCAUGCCAUCGACUGGCUGCCAACUUUGGCAGCAGCUGCAGGGAUUCAGCUUCCUGCCAACCUGCCCCUAGAUGGUGUCAACAUGUGGCCCUCUUUGAGUGGGAAUUUGGAGCCUCAGUCGCGGAGAUUGUUGCAUGUAAUGGACGACAUCUUUGGCUAUUCUUCCUAUAUGCGUGACAAUCUGAAGUACAUCAAUGGCAGCAGCUUUGAGGGUCGCUAUGACAACUGGUUGGGCGACUUGCCAGCUGAAGAGGAUGAUCCGAUCAGUGCCUACUAUGCGCAACAUGUGCUCUCCUCGGAGGUGCAACAGGUGCUGGGCACACGUUCGCUGACCAACGAUCGCAUCGAACAGCUUAGGGCAGAUGCCACCCAUCGUUGUCCCAGCAAUGAACAGAAUUUCACGCAAUCCAUUUAUCUGUGUCAGCCUCUUGAGGCGCCAUGUUUCUUUAACCUGGCGAAGGAUCCCUGUGAGCGUUAUAAUCUGGCCAAUCUGUAUCCUCUGCAGCUACAGUUGCUCGAACAGGAAGUGCAACAAUUUCGCAUUAAUGCCAUCGAUAGUGUUCGAGUGAAUACACCUGAUUUGCGUGCCAAUCCCGCGUUCCAUGGCGGCUACUGGGAAUGGUGGAAUGACACGACAAUCACAGCGGGAUCUGGGGGAUCCAAAUGGAACAUCUUCAAUUGGCUUCCAUGGAAACGACAAUAAACAGACGACCUGUGUUGCAAUUUAAUUCAAAAUCAAUAAAUAUUUGUUUAGAAGUGGAUCAACUUGUGCUUAACAUUUCAAAUGAUAUGAACCAGGGUUGGAAAGUAUAUAGUAAUACUGAUUACAAUGAAAAGACGUAAAUUUUUCUGCCAAUUUCAACUAUUAUUAGGAAUUUUACUUAUAUUGAUAUAAAAAGAAUUUGAAACGUUUUACAGGCGCUUAAAUUCUUUUCGGACAAUAGAAAGAAAUCUUAAAAGUUAACAAAUAACAUAUAUGCGUAUAUAAUAGAUGGAGUUUUUGGGGAGUUACUUAUACUCGAAUGAUAACAAAACGUAUAAAAAGUUAAUACAAAAUUAUGUAACAGAUGAUAACAUAACAUGGGUAUACGCUAGG